AUGCCGACUCUCAAGCGCCAGCUCGAUUGCUCUCUGAAAAAGAAGAUCGCUUUGUUGGGUGUACGCAGAUCUCGAGCCGUCUGGGACAUCGCAUUCGAAUCCGACCAUUCCGUAGUUCUUCUCAGUUUUAUGGUACGGUUUCAGAAAAGGAAUAGUGGAGCUCAACUGAUGCUUGACUUAGCAACAACUGAUCAACUGAUGCUUGACUUGGCAGGUCUAAAAAACGAGGAUUGCAGAAAGAAGUUCGGCCAACGAGUGUCGAUUAAUAUUGGAUUACCAGGACCAGGAAGAGAAUGGACGACGCUGACUCUCUCACUAAACGCAUUCAAAAUGCUGCAAAGCAAACGCUUCAAGUUUGAGCACCGAGGAAGGAAUUCGCCUUCGCAUCUGCGGAGACAAUAUCCACGUACGUCAAGAACAUCAAGAACGGAGGAACUUGAGAAGACGUGGAGGACAAGAACUCGAUAA